AAUCUGCGUAACCUUCAGGCUAACAGGGUAUAAAACCAAAAUGGUUACCUGAUCAACUCUUUGGGCACCAGCUGAACAGCUUGUUUUCUGAAGGAGCUCCUGGUUUUCAGGGAAGAUGGCAACUUUAAACGAAAAGAAGACAUGCAGCCAAAGAAUGGAGAACUUCCAGCGUUUCUUAUGGAAUCCGGAAACAGGGCAGUUAAUGGGAAGAACCUUGAUUAACUGGGUUUGGAUCAGUCUUUACUAUGUUGCAUUCUAUGUGGUAAUGACUGGGCUGUUUGCACUUGCUAUAUAUUCUUUAAUGAAGACACUCAAUCCGUAUACACCGGACUACCAAGAUCGAUUAAAAUCACCAGGCGUGACAUUACGACCAGAUGUGUAUGGAGAAAAAGGACUGGAAAUUUAUUACAAUACUUCUGACCCGGAUUCCUGGGAACAUUAUGUUAAUACUCUUCAAAGCUUUCUUUCAGCUUACAACGAAACUGCACAGCAUGCCAACAGGAACUGUACUGAGGAAAGAUAUUAUUUUCAAACGUCUUUUGACGCUCCACACCACACAAAACAUUCCUGCAAAUUUACACGAGAUAUGCUUCAAAACUGUUCUGGUCUGGCGGAUUCUACUUUUGGUUUUCCAGAAGCAAGCCCUUGCUUAAUAAUAAAAAUGAACAGAAUUAUAAAUUUUCUCCCUGGCAAUGGCACUGCACCAAGAGUGAACUGCACAACUCUGCAUGAUGCCAGUCCGCUGGAGGUAGAUUAUUAUCCUACAAAUGGUACUUUUAGCCUUCACUACUUCCCGUAUUAUGGACUGAAAGCACAGCCUAGCUACAGCAAUCCAUUGGUGGCAGUGAAGCUUCUCAACAUGCCCACAAACAAAGAAGUAGUCAUUGUAUGUAGAGUUAUUGGUAAAGGAAUUACUUCAGAUAAUCCUCACGACCCGUACGAAGGAAAAGUGGAAUUCAAAGUCAGGAUACAAAACUGAGCAACGAGAGUGCUGAGCUCAUUAAGGAUAACUCCUUGUUGUUUGGAACCUUCAUCCAGGACAGCAGAAAUGGGUUAAGUCACACUGUUGGUUGUCACAUGUAUUAUUGUUUUACGACAGCAGAAAAAUGAACAAUCCAGAAUUCCAGAAAUGGAUUACUCAACUCAAUUCCUCACUCGAAAUACCUGAACUAGUUGCAUUAUUACAUGACCCA